UUCCAUUAACCUAAAAUUUCUUGAAAAAUAUAUAUGUUGUUGUUUUAAAUACCUGAGAAAAUUUACUGAUUAGAUACAAUGUUAACAUCCAUUUCGAGAUUAUUUUCUGUAGCACACAUAAGAACGUCAGAAUUAAGACCUCUGUCAACUGCUGUUCACUCUCAAAUAAAGGAAAGAAAUAGUAAUUUUCGAUGUCUAGAAUCGAAUCCGACAAACCAUACCGUGGAAAAUUUAGCUCAGUUUUAUUCGAUUCCGAAUAAUGAGGUACAAACACUCUUUACCCAUGGAGGACUACCAAAAUUAUUCAAAGAACAGAACAAAACUUUCAAUGAAACAUGCAUAAUGAUACGUAAACCUGCAAUUGAUAUAAUUCAUUCUUUGAAAAAUGUAGAUUAUAGUAAACCAGCUUAUAGAUUUGUUUUAUAUGGUGUGAGAGGAAGCGGGAGAUCAUUGUCAUUGGCACAUAUUGUGCAUUUCGGACAUAAAUGUGGGUUUCUAAUCGUACAUGUCCCUUGGGUAGGCAACUGGAUGAGACGUUGUAGAGAAUCUAGUAAUGCUGUUAUGGAAGAAGGAUUCAUAGAUAUAAAUAUUGAUGCAGCAAUGUGGCUGACUCAUUUCAAAACACAAAAUGAAGAUCUUUUGAAAAACGAACAUUUCAAAGUGAGUCAGGAUCAUGUAUGGAAUAAAAGAGAAAAAACAGCCCAAAAUUCUUCUUUGUUAGAAUUAAUUGAUUUUGGAAUGAAUAGAAUCAAAUAUGCUUCUUCCUGUAUUGUUGCUUUGGCUGAGGAAAUAAAAAAGUUAUCACAAGCUGGUGUGUGCAAAACGUUAGUAGCCAUAGAUGGGUAUAAUGCGUUCUUUCAUCCAACAACAAGAAUUCGUAAAGAAAAUAAGGAAAUCGUGCAUCCACAUAAAGUAACAGUAACAAAAGCAUUUUUGAGUUUAACUAACUUUGACUGGAAUAAUGCUGGAAUUGUAGUAACUGUAGAUGGAUUGGCAAUGGGAGAAUAUGAUACUCCAUCAUUUUUGCCAAGAUUCCUAUUGGGAAAGGAGGGAUUCGAGCACUUGGACCCAUUUGUACCAGUUGAAGUGGAAAACUAUAAUGAAAAAGAAUUCCAGAGCUGUAUAGAUUAUUACAAUGAUAGAAAGUGGAUACAACAGUAUUAUCCUGAAUUGAAUAAUGAAUUAUCCUUUGUUAGUAAUAAUAAUCCCUUCAAGUUGCAGGAAAUAACUGCACCAUUGUAAAUAUUAGCAUAAAGAUCAAUAAAAUCUCAAAAACAUCAAA